AUGGACCAGCUUCAGCAACAAGCCCUGAGAUUGAAUGGACUUCAAAAGGUUGGUUUUGGGAUUUUUUUUUACAAAUUUUUUUAUGAAAAAUUCUUUUUCUUUUAAGCAAAAAAAUCGAUUUUUUAAAUUUUGAGACAUUUUGAUACUUUUCCAAAAAAAUUUUUUUUUUCCAACAUAAAUUUCCAAAAAAUUUCAGCCCAUUAUCCUCCAAAACGCGAAUGCAUUCCCCCAACUGCAGCAGCUUGUCCCAGCCGGCGCAGUUCAGCCCUCCGUGGCCCCGCAAUCCAUCAAUUUGAAUCAACAGAUCGGUGGUCUUUUACAGGACGUCCAGAACAACUCGAUGAACUCGAAUAUUUAUCGAAACCUAAUGGCCGCCCAAAAACCCCAAUCUGCAGCGCCACAACAGCUAACUGCAGCGGCGGUUUCAUCAAUGAUAAACCUACAAAGCCUUCAGCAGCUGGGAUUAAAUCCGGCUAGUCUGAAUUUGGCGCAGGCAAGCGGAUUAGGGUCUCUAGGACAACAAAAUGUGACGCCGUCGGCUGUAGCGGCGGCCGCAGCUCUCAUCGGGGGCAAUGCGACGACAGCACAACUUCAGAAUGCCGUCACACAAGCGGCCCAAGCCAUUGCAUCGGCCGCAGGACAACAUGCGGGAAUUAGCUUGAAAGGUAGGUGGAUUUAUAUUAAAAUUUCAAUUUUUUUGGGCCAAGAUAUGUCGGCAUCGACAAAAAUUUUUUUGAAAGUCGAGUUCACGGACUAAUUGUCCUUUUACACACAAUUUCACCCUAAAAAGUCUUCAAAUUCCACCUUUCCCAACCAAUUUGGCAAAUCCCCCAGAAUCCUUGGCAUUCUGUUUCAAGUCAUUUUCUCGAAAAUUUCGCGAACUUGGCAAUGUUUUCCCCGUAUUUCGAUCAAACCACGGUGUUUGCACCCACCUUCCGAAUGGAUGACGGUUAUCAUGUCGCUGCCGAUCAUUUCCCUGGCCCAAUCCCUUCAAGCCACCUUACCCAUCCGACAACGCCAACUUUCAGACUCCGCGCAUCGCCAUUACCAGCUCGGGAAUUACGCCGAAGCCGAACGAUUAUGUCUGCAGUUGCUGGAAGAGGAGCCACAGAACCUGGGAGCAAUGCUGUUGAUCUCAUCCAUCUACUUUCAGCUCAAGGACUUUGAAAAGUAGGUGAUCUUCUAGAUUUGUAAAUUUUGUUGAUGUUUUUAGUCGUUUUGUUCUUCGGUCUUCUAUUUUUUGGUGUGUUUAAGGGAGUAGAUGCUCUGAAGCCAAAAUUCAGCUAAUUUUUUGGCUUUUUACUGCUGUUUUGACGCUAUAUUAUCCAUGUCGAACUUUUCUCGUCGCUGAAGAAAAUUGCUCUAAUUUUUGCGGAAAAGCUUCGGAAUUGAUGAAAAAAUAGUAUUUCAAGGUAGCUUGUGAAUUUUUCUAGCUAUUUUGGUAUGUCGAUAUCUGAACUUUUGACCUUUUGAGCAGUUUUUCACUUAUUUUCUUAUCCAUGUCUUUUUGAUCCAUUGUUUUUCAAAAUUGGUCGUGUUUUCCUAAAAGAUGGAUAAAAUGUAAGUGGCAAUGGUUAUAUUAGGCAAGAUUACAGUAUUUCUGAGCCUCAUUGACAUCUGUUUUCUUUGAUAUAUUAAUUUAGACACAUUAUUUUGUGCAUUAUAUUACACAUGGUCUAAAAUAUAAAAUAUUUUUUUAAAUUUUAAUUUUCCUUGCUUCUAGAUCCCUCCGCUACUCCACGAUGGCAACGAGGAUAAAUCCCAACUGUGCGGAAGCUUACAGCAAUAUUGGGAACAUCUACAAAGAGAUUGGCGAGAUGAAUGCGGCAUUGGAGAACUACAGACACGCAAUUCGAUUGAAACCCGAUUUCAUCGAUGGUUAUAUCAAUUUGGCGGCCGCUUUAGUACAAACUGGAGACUUUGAGCAUGCUGCGAACUCGUAUUUGACUGCAUUACAGUACAAUCCAGAUUUGUAUUGCGUGCGAAACGAUCUGGGGAACCUUUUCAAGGCCAUGGGGAAGUUUGAGGAGGCAAAGGUGAGGAUUUUCAUUUAUUUUUUGAGUGGUUUAGGUAUCAAAGAGUAUGAUUAUGUAGGGAGCUUUAUUUUUUUGAUUGUUUAUGGCUUCCUUAUCGCACUUUUUUCGCUGAAAAUAUGUUUCUUUCAAUUUUUGUCGAUUUUUUGGUUUUUUAGUAAAAUUUUUGAGGUUUUCUCGGAAAUUACAGUAAUCUGUGGUCUUUAUUUUUUCUCUGAAUGUACUAGAAGAUGUCUGAAAUGCUUUUACAUUUCAUUUACACCUCUUUUUUCCAGGUCUGCUACUUAAAAGCAAUCGAAACUCAGCCCCAGUUCGCGGUCGCCUGGUCCAAUUUGGGAUGCGUUUUCAACGCGCAAAACGAACUCUGGCUGGCCAUUCAUCACUUCGAAAAAGCAAUCACAUUAGACCCCAACUUCCUGGAUGCUCUGAUCAAUUUGGGGAAUGUGCUGAAAGAGGCGCGGAUAUUCGAUCGAGCCGCUUCGGCAUAUCUCCGAGCUUUGGCACUCUCGCCGAAUCACGCAAUCGUCCAUGGGAAUCUGGCUUGCGUGUAUUAUGAACAAGGGUAAGUGGGAUUUUUUUGAGAUUUGUAUUGGUGUUUUAGGGAGCAAAAGGGAGAUUUUGAAGAAAUUUUUGAUUUUUUUUUGGCUGAAGGGUGUCUCGGAAGUCUUUGAAAAAAUCUUUGUGGUUUUUAAAAUACGCACCUUAUUAUAUAGUCGGUAUAUUAUAUUGUUAUACAGGGUGCGCCAAAAAAAAUGGACAAAAAUUUUUUGCAGAUAUCUGGCUCUUCGGUAAACUAUUCGGGGAAACGUUUUGGUCCAAUAAAUAGCGACAUUAAAACAGUAUAUUCACGAUAAGAAUGGAGGUAUAACUUUACUGCAACUUUUUUUCUCGGAGGUUCAAGUUGACCAUGUCCCGAUCACAAUUCUCGAAAAUGGGUCCUUUGGAAAAUCAGGCAUAAAUAUUUUUUGAGGCGUCACCAAAACUUCAAAUAAAAGUUGUCGAAUACGUUAAGACGAGUACUAUCACAUAUGCAAAGGAAUAGUAAUAGUAACUUUCUGUUUCAAUGCCGCAGACAUCCAAACCUCCGUUGCUGAGGCAAAAAAAUAAAACUCAAAACUUUGAAAACCAGAAAAAAUUUUGUAGUGAGAAACUGAUUAGGCUUUGGAUAACUUUUAAGCUUUGGGUUGUUCCCCGACCGAGUACGUACUAAACAUACCGAUUUUUAACUUUCCGGCAUCAUCAUGCUUCGAGGUAGUUACAAAAUUUCAAAAUUUUGGACGAAAAAUGGAUGAUUUCUUUAAAAGAGUCGCUGCAAAGCCGCUGUUAACUCUAGCUGGCUCAAACAGCCUAUGCUGAGCAAAUCUGCGUCUCUUCUGUAGCGUCAAAAAGUUUCAAGCUUAAACCUGCGUUUUCGGCGGAGAGCCGAGGGCCCAAAACGGAAACGGUGGAUACCCGUGCAAAGGACCGUGUCAGGGGCUUCUGUUCUCAAGUUUUGGACGCACUGGAGCCGCGUCUUGCAUUUUUCUGUAGAAUCAACGCAUGGCCCACGUAGAAUAAAAUAUGAGGAACACCUCAUGUCGGUUUUUACAAUUCUGCUGACCGACAACGCCGAGAUAUUCAAUUCAGAAGCCAUUCGUCCCAAAGAUCUGCAAGGAUCUGGGUCACUCCGACUUCCGAUGCUCUUCUUCCGAGCCGGAGUCUUUUCUGUCCUGGGCUUAUCACUCCCUAGAAACUUCUGGAUGCUAGCACAUCCUCAAACUUAUCCGAAGCUCGGGUUACAGUUGUACGGAGAGAACCACAACGUCAAACUAUUUUCUUCCGACAAAAUUCUAUAGAAAAUAAAGGCACAACUUGGUACCUCUUUGGUUUUUUGUCCAUUGUUGCAAAAACUGGUGGGAAAGGAAAAAAAGAUUUAAGGGGUUUGCAAGUGAGUCCUUUGCACGGUCUUAAUCGCCCCUUUUUCCCUACUCGUUAUUGUUUUCGUGGCGAGACACAACCGUUUUUAUUUUUGUCCAUUUUUUUUGGCGCACCCUGUAGACCUCAAAAUUUCAAAAAAAAUUUUUUUUUAUUUCUUUUUUUUUCGAAAAAUUUUAAUCCUUUUUUAUACUUGUAAAAUACGCUUCUUGAACUGUUGCUUCUUUCAGAAAUGUCGAUUUGGCCAUUGAAGAAUACAAACGGGCCAUCGAACUCCAGCCCAACUUCCCAGAUGCCUACUGCAACUUGGCCAACGCGUAUAAGGAACGAGGGCGGGUAGAAGAAGCCAUCCAGGCCUACAAUACGGCCUUACAGCUCUGUCCAACUCAUGCUGACUCUCAAAACAAUUUGGCGAACAUCAAACGAGAGCAAGGAAAAGUUGAAGAGGCGAUGGAAUUGUAUCUACAGGCGUUGAAGGUGAGUGUUAAAGUCUUUACAAGAGGUUCAUAGGGACUUUUUAUGUAGGUUUUGUUUAGUAUUAGACAUUUUGAAAUAGAUUUGAAAUGAGUUUUAUGUUGUAGUAGACGAAAAGUUUAAAAAAUUGUAAAUAUUGGUUUAAUGUAAUAUGUAGAGAUAAUUUGUUAUUUUAAUUAGUGAGAGAGGAAUUUUAGAGAAAGAUUAGGUGAUUAGGAUCGAUUUUGAGAUUUUUUUAUAUUGUAGUAGACAUGGUUUUCCUAAAUUAAUAUAAAUCUCUUCAGAAUCACCCAGAAUUUGCUGCAGCCCACUCCAAUCUUGCAUCGAUCCUCCAGCAGCAAGGCCAGCUCCAAAAAGCGAUCGAACAUUAUCAAGAAGCCAUCCGAAUAGCCCCAACCUUUGCUGAUGCCUACUCUAACAUGGGAAACACCCUAAAAGAGAUGGGAGAUGUGAAUGGAGCCCUUCAAUGCUACGCUCGAGCGAUUCAAAUCAACCCCGGGUUUGCGGACGCCCAUAACAACCUGGCCAGUAUCCACAAGGACGCGGGAAAUGUCCCAGAAGCCAUCAAUUCGUAUAAAAUGGCACUGCGGCUAAAACCCGACUUUCCGGAUGCCUACUGCAACCUGAUCCAUUGCUAUCAAAUCACUUGCGAAUGGACCGACUAUUCCUAUCGAAUGGAGAAAUUGGUGAAGAUAAUCGAGAAUCAGCUGAAGGGAAGGCGGCUGCCGAGCGUCCAUCCCCACCACAGCAUGCUCUACCCCCUCACCCACCAGCAACGCAUGGCCAUCGCCGCGAAACACGCCCAACUCUGCAUAGAAAAGAUCUCGAUUCUUCAUAAACCACCAUAUCAGUACCGGAAAAUCCAGCCCGGCGGACGAUUGCGGAUCGGAUACGUCUCCUCGGACUUUGGAAACCACCCAACCAGCCAUCUAAUGCAGUCCGUCCCCGGGUUCCAUAAACGAGAAAAGGUGGAAAUUUUCUGUUAUGCCCUUUCACCGAAUGAUGGAACCACGUUCCGAAGCAAAAUCAUGAAUGAAAGCGAGCAUUUCGUGGACCUAACCCAAUACCCAUGCAAUGGAGCCGCCGCCGACAAAAUUAAUCAAGACGGAAUUCAUAUCCUGGUGAAUAUGAAUGGAUACACGAAAGGAGCCAGAAAUGAAAUUUUUGCGCUAAGACCGGCUCCAGUUCAGGUGAGAAAUUGAACGGCAUUUUGAGGCAUUUGGAUCGCACCGUGCGAGAAAUUUGAAAAUGGAAUUUUUACACGGUGCAAAGGUUGAAAUCAAAAUUUUUUGGGCUUGAAGGGUUUGAAAGUUCUAAAAGAUUAUAUAGAGAUUUAAAUUUCAUGGGGUUUUUAAAAAUUUUUUGGCAAUUAGAGACUUAAAAAUUUGAUUGCACUGUGCGAGAAAUUCGAAAAUGGAAUUUUUGCACGGUGCGGAGGUUGAAAUUAAAUUUUUUUGAGCUUGAAAGGGUUGAAAGUUUUAAAGGAUUAUAUGAGAUUUAAAUAUUAUGGGGUUUUUUAAAAUUUUUGGCAGUUUGAGACUAAAAAAUUCGAUUGCACUGUGCGGAAUUUGGAAUUUUUAAUUUUGCACAGUGCGGAAUAUUGGAACACUAUUUUUUACUUUUGUGUUGUUUGAAAUUGCAAUUUAUGAUUUAUUUUUUUGUUUUGGGGCUCAUAUAGCAUUAGUUACAGGGUUUAGUUUAUGAAAAUUUCUUUUGCACAGUGCGGAAAUUAAAAGUUUUAAUUUUGCACUGUGCAUAAUGAAAAUUAAAUUUUUUUUGAAAAAUCAAGCUGACAAAAGUUUAUUGAUCAUUCUCUUUCAGGUUAUGUGGCUCGGCUACCCGGGAACAUCAGGCGCUCCGUUUAUGGACUAUAUCAUCACUGAUUGUGUCACCUCUCCAUUAGAAUUCGCCUUUGCCUACUCGGAAAAGCUGGCCUAUCUUCCCCACACAUUCUUCGUCGGAGACCACGCACAGAUGCUCAAACAUUUGACGGAACGAGUCAUCCUCAAAGAACAGCGAAACACCGAAUCCGCCGAACCGAGAGACACGGUAACAGUUGUGAAUGCGACGAAUUUACAACCAUUGUUGGACAAAACGACGGCAAGGUCGUUGGUCAGAGAGACUGAAGUCUCCCAUGGACCGGAGAAGGAGAUGAAAAAGACGGAGGUGAUCAUGCCGGUGGUUGAGGUCCCAACAACCGACCCGGUCAAACAAAUGAUCGGAACUGGGAUGAUUGCUGCUUCAGUGGAAGGAAUCCCAAUUCAGAAUGGAUUGACGACGUUGAAUCAGGUGAGUACAGAAUGAGGGAGGGUUGGGAGUGGAAUUUUGGGUUAUUUUGAGUAAAAAAUCCAUGAUUUUAUAUUUUUUUAGGCAAAAUUUUGCGAUUUUUGGUAUAAAAAUCAAAUUUUUUGGGAGUUUUGGCCGUGAAAUAGGGGAAAACAAUAUUUACAGGGAAUUUUAAAAGAAUUUUGGACUUGACGAUAUUGUUUUAGACAAAAAUUUUUUUUUAAAUUGAGAUUUUUUGUAAAUUUUUUUUUUGAAAUUUUUGGGAUUUUUCAAUCUUUGACUUUCAUAUUUUUCAGACCCAUGUCAAAGCCGCAACCGGUGAAGAAGUCCCCAAAACUAUUAUUGUCACCUCCCGUCAACAGUAUGGCCUCCCAGAAGACGCGAUCGUCUACUGCAAUUUCAAUCAGCUCUACAAAAUCGACCCGCACACGCUGGAAAUGUGGUGUGAAAUCCUGAAACGAGUACCGAACUCGGUUUUGUGGCUGCUGAGGUUCCCAAUCCACGGAGAGGCGAAUGUUUUGAAAUUCAUCAUGGAGAGGGGGUUGCCGGCGAGCAAAGUGGUCUUUUCGAAUGUCGCCGCCAAAGAAGAGCAUGUCCGAAGAGGUCAACUGGCCGAUGUGUGUCUGGAUACCCCGUUGUGUAACGGCCAUACAACUGGAAUGGAUAUUUUGUGGACUGGGACGCCCAUGAUCACCAUGCCAUGUAAGAUUUUUUAAAUUUUUUGGAGAGACUGUUUCGAUGGUCAAGUAUACCAUAUUUGAUGCUAUAUUUGAUUUUUUAGUGGAAACCCUCGCUUCCCGAGUAGCCUCCAGCCAACUUCACGCCCUCGGAUGCCCGGAAUUGGUCGCCAAAAGCCGAGAGGAUUAUAUAAAUAUGGCCGUACGAUUAGGAAACGACAAAGCACAGUGAGUUUUUUGAGUUUUUCUUUGGUUUUUAGGAAUUAAGAAGGGAUUAAAGAGAAAGUUGGAAAAUUUUUGAAAUGAAAUUGUCUUCUUUUAGCCUGGCAGACGUCCGAACAAAAGUAUGGAAGGCCAGAACGACCUCGACCCUCUUCAAUGUCCGACAAUAUUGCUCGGACAUGGAGGACCUUUUCCAUAAAAUCUGGAGGAGGUAUGAUCAAGGUCUGGAGCCGGACCACAUCACGGAAUAG